GUCGGGAAGAUUGUUGCGAUAGACGGUGGUGAAGCUUGUGCUUGAGUUUUGGCAUAGAAGAAGAAGAAGAAGAAGAAAAGAAGAAGAAGAAGAAGAGAAAGAGAAGAGAGGAUGAGUACGAGUGCGCUGGAUACGUUGCAGCGGUUACCUUGCGCCACGCUGAAAUCGCUGGCUCGACUAUGUGGUCUUAGUCCAUCAUACACAAAAGCAAUCCUAGCCGCAAACAUCACCCACGCCAUCUCCCCGUUCUUCAAUCCCCCAUCCUCAUCCCCAUCCUCGUCCUCAUCCACACCAGCAUCCACCUCCGCCAGAUCCUCGCUCUCCACAUUCUCCUCCGCCGCCGACCACGCAGCCGGCUCCGCAUCCAGACGUUCCUACCGCGUCCUCUCAAUCGACCUAGGUCUUCGCAACUUCUCCUACUCCGUCCUCGACCUUCCCCCGCGGCCCGCAUCCACAGAUCCUCUGUCCUCCCCGCGUCCUCUGCUCGCAGCCUGGUCCGUCGCCGACAUCAUCCAAUCCUCCUUCCCCUCCCUCUCCCCCUCCCCCGCACCCACCGACACCCCCGCAUCUCCGUCCCUAAUCAACAUCAGCGCAUUCUCAUCCGCCCAAGCCGCCGCCGUCGCGUACGACUUAUUCGCCGAAACCCUGCUCCCGCGGUACGAGCCGGACGUGAUCAUCUUUGAACGCCAGCGACUCCGCAGCGGCGGCGGCCACGCGGUGAUCGAGUGGACGCUGAGGAUUAAUAUGUUUGAGAGCGCGUUGCAGGGCGUGUUUGUCGCGCUUAACAGACAGGGGCGGUUAAGAGCGUCUGUAUGCGACGUGUUGCCGAGCACGACGAAGGCGUAUUGGAUCCGCAGCGAGAAGAAAGCCGAGACGCCCGACGCUGAAGCAGCAACAGCGACGGAGAAGAAGAAGAGCAGGAAGAGUAAGAGCGCGGGAUCUACGUAUGCGCUUUCGAAAGCGGCGAAAGUCGCGCUGGUCAAGAAGUGGACCGAGAACGUGACGGCCAAAAGUCCAGAUUCCUGUGCCCACGUCGUGUUUUCCCCAGACACAAUCCCGCUCGCCAUGCAAUUCAACACAAAGAAACCCCCCAAAUCAAAAUCCAAACCCCUGACAGACCCCACCCCUCUUCUCUCUCAGCACCAGCAGCAAGAAGACGACCGCUUCCUGCACCCGCCCGCCAAAUUCAAACUCGACGACCUCGCAGACUCGCUCCUGCAGGGCGUCGCGUUCAUCGAGUGGCAGCAGCACCAGUACCAGCUCGCGCGCGCGCUCAAGGCCGGCGACGAUCUCGAGAGCUUGAAUCGCGAGCUGUGCGCGAGGCAUGAGGAGGCUAUGCUUUCGGUGUAACUUUCUUGCUCUUUUGGUUGUUUGUGGGUCGUGGUGAGAGAUGUGCAUUUGCACGGUGUUGGGAUUGAUUCUGUUUUUGUUACAUCACUUUGGUGCUUUUUGAAAUGCAUAGUUAAAUAAUGAGUGUUUUUGUCGUCCGCAUCAUUUCUAAUUCAAAAAUGAAAAAAUAC